AUGGGAUAUGAUGAUGUCUUUAAAAUUAAGAUAGAAGAGCCAGAAACUGUAGCGAGUCAUAUGUAUCGCAUGGCUGUGUUAGCGAUGACACUGCAAGAUUGCGAUUGCGAUGUCGUGAAAUGCAUCAAAAUGGCUCUCGUUCACGACAUCGCUGAAGCUAUCGUUGGUGAUAUCACUCCUCAUUGCGGCGUUUCUGAUGAACAGAAAUUCAAUCUCGAACACAAGGCAUUUUUGGAAAUUUCGACGUAUGUUUCCGAGAAGAUUGGUGAUGAGUGGGUGAGUUUAUGGCGAGAAUAUGAGGAGAAUAAAAGCAAAGAAGCGAAUAUCGUGAAACAUCUCGAUAAAUUUGAUAUGAUUGCACAAGCAUUCAGUUAUGAGAAGAGAUUCAAUAUUGGUGCGUUCAUUUGA